AGCUUGUUCCCUUUCAAACCUCCCAAUCUGUCUUACAUAGUUCGCCCCCUUUCUUGGUGUCAUCAGAUGGAUCUCACCGUCCCAGACAGUCCCUAUGCCGCGCCGUAAACCAACCUCUAAAGCAAACAAACGGCGUUCCAUGUGUCCGAAUCUUGGAUCCCAGCCAACCAUCUCUCUCGUCAACAGUCGGUCAAUAAUAGGCAAACCACGACCUCUCCCUCUUCCGACAUACUACACGCCUCUGGCCCCAUCUUGAUCCCUCUCCUCCACCUCCAAAGACCUCAACCAUCCAAUAAACCGGCACCAUGUCCUCCCUAUCCGCGGCAGAAGCUCAGCACACGUUCCAAACGCCCGCCUGCCGGCUGGCCCCGGUGUCCGCACCCGCGCCGGUAGAGGGGCUAGAAGGAAUCCCGCCGAUCCGCGCGCAAUUCUUUUAUGCGUCGGCGAUGCCCAUUGACGACCCGUUCUCGGCAGCAACCAUUGCCGGCGCCGGCGGAGGGGGAGGCGACCACCCCAGGCCCUCCUCCAAGCUGCCGCUCCGGCCAUUCUCGGCGGCCGACAACAACGCGCUGGAAAAGGCCUGGCUCGGCCUGGCCUCGGACCGUGACAGGCGCAACCACGCCCGCGCCACCGCCCGCAACAAUAAUCGCAGUCCCAGCCCCACGCUGUCGCGCGAAAACGCCGAGAGGCUUGCCGCUAUCGUCGCACUGCUCGCUAAGAAGCAUUGGGAGAAACAUGACCGUGAGGGGGAGCAGGUGGGUGCUACCACCCGGGGUGGGCGGGGUCUGGAUGGCGGGAGGGAGGAGCCCGGUGUUGUGCGGUUUGAUGGGGUUGGCGGUGAUGGGGCGGUCGAGGUGCCGGUUUGUUGUCCCGAGCUGCCGAUGGAUGCCUCUGCUGAGCUGAGGAGGGCGUUUUGUGCCGUUACCAGGAGAAGGCAGCAGGGGUUGGAUCAGGACCGUGUGCUGGAGGGGGUCAUGGCGCAGUUAGCCAGGCUGAGACUCGAAGCCGAGGGGAAUACUGCCGCGGCCGCGCGUCCUGGAUCCGCGGGUGGGAUGGCCCUACCGUCGCAGUUGCCUUCGUCUGCGGGGACAGGCCCGAUGCAAGUUGCGGUGAGUUUGGGCUCCAAAUCGUCUGCGGCUUCUGCUGGUGACGGGGGUGCCAUGGGUUUGGCCUCGAGUCUACCCGUGGGGGGUUCCAUGGCAGCGAGACCACCAAUCCUGGAUGAUGGGAUAUCCGGAAAGCCUUUCGUGAGGGUCGAGCCCUCGCCCAGGUCAAAUAGAUCGUCUGGGGUCGCUACCCCAGACGACAAAGGACCGAGGGCUGGGUUGAAAGCAAGGGCUAGAGCUGACAGUCGGGCAUCUGCGCGAGCUGCCGUUGACCGGCUGGAGGACUCGGUUGAGGUGCCUGUGGGUAUCUCGAGGUUGCAUAUGGUCUCGCUGCCUGUGCUUCAGAUGAAGCCAAUCUACUGGUCGCCGGUGAAUGACAUUGCUACGGUGCUGAGAGCUACGUGGUUCUAUAGGGAUACCAUGGUGCCUGUAGAGCCCUUGGUUGCGAACCAGUUGGAGGCGGGUUAUCGAGAACUCCGACCCUGGACAGAAACGUGGCGUGACGAGCUCAGGUCCGCCCUCGACGUCGGGCCGCUUGGUGAAGAGAAAGUGUCACAUCGGCUUUGGCCGGAGGGUGCUAGCACAGACAAGCGGUCCAAGCACAAAGACGACUUGGCCCCAGAGCCUCCUAUAUCUGCGGAUCCAUUCUGCGCUGCAAGGUGUUUCCAUGGAGAAGCAGCCGCCGAAGGGACGCUUGAACCUGUCCACUCCGAAGAAGACACCGCGCUCCCUCCUCCUGAAUCCAGAAGCUAUUCGAAUUAUCAUGUCAUCUACAAAGAUGGCUCAGCCGCAUUUUUGCUAAAGCCGAGCCAGAAACCCUCUGCAUACUAUGGAAGAAAGCCCGUUUCCAAGAUUAUGAAGGGCUUGACUGUCGGGCUACCUGUCGUGCGUGGGUUUGACCGAGCCGCAUGGGAGCGGGUCCACGAGAAGCGGGCGGCUGAGCGAGCCAAAAGCCUUGGAACCGUUAUGCCACCGACGGGAAUGCGUGAAAAUGCUGAGCGAGGUGAUUGCCCUGGCUGCAGGCUCGAGAAAGACCGCGGGCAAGUCACCGACCUGAUACUGGUCGUCCACGGCAUUGGCCAAAAAUUCGCCGAGCGCGUCGAGAGCUUCCACUUCACGCACGCUAUUAAUUCUUUUCGUAGAGCUAUCAACAUCGAGCUUGAGAAUCCUGUCAUUAAGGCCGUUCUUAGACCUGACCAGAAUGGGAUCAUGGUCUUACCCGUCAACUGGCGCCACCUCCUAAGUUUCGAAGACGGCGGCCCGACAAGCGAAGAGGAUAAGGCAGCCUAUGCGCCCGAGGGCUUCACAUUGAAGGAUAUCGAGCCCAACACCAUUCCCGCAGUAAGGAGUAUGAUCUCGGACGUCAUGUUCGAUAUCCCCUUUUACAUGUCUCACCACAAGCCCAAAAUGAUAGCCGCUCUCGUUGGCGAGGCGAACCGCGUGUACAGGCUCUGGUGCCGGAACAAUCCAGGCUUCGCCGAGAAAGGACGAGUACACCUGAUUGGGCACUCUCUCGGCAGCGCCAUGGCAAUUGAAGUCCUAUCCAAGCAGCCCACUCAGGUUGAGCGUCUGGACCUCUCCCGACCACUCCCCGACACUCGCUUCUUCGAGUUCAACACGAUCAACCUGUUCCUCCUCGGCAGUCCAGCAGGUUUCUUCCUCCUUCUUGAGCGGGGCACUCUAAUCCCGCGUCGCGGGCGCCACAAGCCCGGCGCGGAUCCGGCCGACACGGUGGCCAAGGACGUGGUCGGGGAGGUGGGCAUGUUUGGCUGCCUCGCUGUCGACAAUAUCUACAAUAUCCUUGCCAAGGAAGACCCCAUCGCAUAUCUACUCAACGGGACCAUUGACCCGGUCUACGCGGCAAGCCUCAAGACGGCCUACGUCCCCAGCAUCAGCACCUCCUUUUUCAAGUCCGUCGGCGAUGCGCUCGAGCUCGAGGUGCACGAUUUUACUCGUGAGGAGCUGGCCGAGAAGAAGGCGUUUUUGCUAAACGACAACGGUCAGAUUGACUAUUACCUCCGGUCGGGCGGCGGCCCGCUGGAGAUCCAGUACCUCAACAUGCUGAGCGCGCACACGAGCUACUGGACAAACAUGGAUCUGAUUCGCUUUCUGUGUGUUGAGGUGGGCCGCAUGCCCGGCAGACAGCACGCGCUUGCCUCGAUGAGGGCGGUCAAGGUCAAGGGCCGGUUUGCGGGUCACGUCGGCGGCAGGUGA